UGAAGAAGACGGUGCAGAGGACAAACGGACAAGCCAUGUUAUUCAUCUGUCUUGCAUCUCUUCUCGCCUGUUCAGCAGCAGAGUUCACUCUUGUCAUCCCCGAUGCUUCAGUCUCAGAACCGCUGGGUUCCACAGCCAUCCUUCACUGUGGUCUUUCUCCAUCUUUAAAUGCCAGAACUUUUGAUGUUCGGUGGUACAAGAAUGGUGACUAUGAUAACUUUGUUCUUUUCUACAAUGACCAGAAGACCAUUGAAAAUGACAAGUACAGAGGCAGAGUGUCUCUGAUUGGGGAACUGGACAACGGGAAUGUCUCCCUGAAACUGGACAACCUCACAUCACUUGAUGGAGGAGAAUAUACAUGUUAUGUAAAGAGCAUCAGUUGGUAUGAGAAGGCCAAUAUUAACCUUACUGUAAAAGCGUUAGGUUCUACUCCAGUCCUGUCAUAUCAGGAAAGUGGAGAAAAAAUGAACGUUACCUGUACAUCACGUGGAUGGUCCCCCAAACCCACCGUCACCUGGAGAGACAGUGCAGGACAAGAACUCCCACACAGCAACACUUACUAUGGAACUGACUCAGAAGAUUUGGUGAAUGUGAGCUCAUGGAUGCUUUACUCUCGGUCUGACUCAGAGUGGAUCUCCUGUACCGUGAGUUUAAACCAUCAGGAAAUGAAAGAGAGCAGAAUUGAACCACGCAAAGAUUUUUGGUCAGGAUUCUGGAAGGAAGCGUUCAUCUCGACUCUGGUGCUGUCAUUAACUGUCCUCAUCACCUUCGCCAUCCUUCUGAUUUUAAUUAGAAAAGGUUUACUCCCUCACUGUUCAUCUCAUAAAAACGCUAAAGCAGCAGUUAACUCUCACGAGUCUUUACAACCAGAGACGCUUCCUCUCAACACUACAGAGAACAAUCAUGAGUCUUUACAACCAAAGACUGUUCCUCUCGAAGCUACAGAGAACACCAAGCGAGGUAUCAGUUCACUCGCUGCAGCUCCAGAACCGACUGAAGAGCGACCAGUUUGGCUGAAAUAUAAAGUGAGUCUCACUCUGGAUCCAUCAACAGCUGCUAAAUGUCUGAAAGUUUCCAGGGACGGGAAAAGUGUUUCCUGUGAAAAACCAAACAGUAAAUCUGACUGUAAAUUUCCUCAUGUUGUGAGUAAAGAGGAGUUCGGCUCAGGGCAGCACUACUGGGAGGUGAUGAUCUGGGAUAAAACAAUAAAGACACAGCCGAAAUCAUCAUGGUGUGUAGGAGUGACUCAGAAACCCCACUCGGAGACUCAGAAACCCCACUCGGAGAAGGUCCUCAGAGCUCUCUGUUAUGAAGAAGGCAGUGGGUUAUACACUAAUACUCAUGAUUUCAGUAAAAUAUCCACUAAAUAUAACAUGUACACAUUAGGGCUGCAUUUAAACUGUGAUAGUCGCUCUCUUUCCUUUUAUAAUACAGAUAAACCCUCUCAUAAUCAUCUCCACACAUUUAAUUUCAUCCCACAGGGCACGUAUUACGCGUUCCUCAGUCCAGGAGUGAAAGAUGAUCAUCCUAUCAGAAUUCUCAAUCAGGACUGAAAUCUCAGAGUCAGUUACAACAGUGCAUUAAAUCCAGAUGUGUGUUGUGAUGUUCAGCAGGUAGAACGUCCUGUAACUAAAAUAAACCUAAUGAAAUCAGAGAAGCGUAUUCACACUACACAAGCUGUAUCAGUAUUUACACAGGGAGAGUUACUCGUGUUCAGAUUCAGGUUACAAAACGGAUUAGGUGGAUGUUCACACAUGACUGGUGUGUAGUUCACACUGAAGUGUACGAUUUCAACAUUAAUAAUAGUGUAGAAUAAUCACUGUACUGUCUAUUUUAUAAAAGCAGUCUGUAAUGUUGUCUCAUGUAUAUUUUAAUAAUUUUCAUAUUAAGCAUGCAUCCAAAGAAUGUUUUUUCCAUUUUCUCAAAAAUAAAACAUGUUUUUAUAAAGAGGAAUUUUAAACAAGUACUGUAUUAGUUUUUUUUUUCAGAACCUGUAUAAGUGUGUAAUGAUACAGUAUACAGUCACUCGGGGAUCUGUUUCUAUUGAACUCUCAGUACAGAGAGACUUUUAUUAAGGAAUAAUUUUUUUCAUCCAUUGGGUUUGAGUCGUGUUGAACUCUAUCUUAAAACUUUCAUUUUCAUUUUAUGUUAUUAAAUAUUGAGCUAUGAUAUGUUUUUAUUGAUCUUUUUAGUUGUUGUUGAUUUUGUUUAAAUUGUGAUGUAAUGUUUAAUUGUGGGGACCCCAGGAAGAGGGGCUACUUAGGUAAGAGCUAAUGGGAAUACUAAUAAAUCAAUAAAAAUAAAGUUCUGUCUCCU